AGUAGGCGGGCUAUACGUCUCAGCGUAUACACUCAUUGUUCACAACACAGUUGACAAAGAAAUCUUCAGUUGACUUUCCUAAGAGAAGUUGUCUCUCUGUCUGUGUGUGGUAAAAUCUAGAUUGGCUCUGAGUUUCUUUGAAGUUUGGUGUACUGGAGAGUUCUACUCCAGGCACAGAAGAGAUGAGCUUUACCAGGAGAAAAGGCUUCUUCAGGCAAGAAGUAAACAAGACGAUGUGGGAACUUCCUAGACGAUAUACUGCUAUCAUCCCUGUAGGAUCUGGUGCUUACGGCUCUGUCUGUUCUGCAAUAGAUAAGAAAACCGGGGACAAAGUAGCUAUCAAGAAGCUCUGUCGCCCAUUCCAGUCUGAGAUUUUUGCCAAACGAGCCUACCGUGAGCUCACACUGCUAAAGCACAUGCAGCAUGAAAAUGUUAUUGGAUUACUUGAUGUCUUCACUUCAGCUACUUCAUUUGAUGGAUUCCAGGACUUUUACCUGGUGAUGCCAUACAUGCAAACAGAUUUACAAAAGAUAAUGGGACACCAAUUCAGUGAAGAAAAGAUUCAGUAUCUGAUCUACCAGGUUUUGAAAGGCUUGAAGUAUAUUCACUCUGCUGGAAUCAUUCAUAGGGAUCUAAAGCCAGGCAAUUUAGCGGUGAAUGAAGACUGUGAAUUAAAGAUCUUGGAUUUUGGCUUAGCAAGACAUACAGACACAGAGAUGACAGGCUAUGUUGUAACUCGUUGGUACAGAGCACCUGAAGUGAUUCUGAACUGGAUGCAUUACAACCAGACUGUGGACAUCUGGUCUGUUGGUUGUAUCAUGGCAGAAAUGUUGACUGGGAAAACUCUGUUUAAGGGUAAAGACUAUCUUGAUCAGCUGACCCAGAUCCUGAAAGUGACAGGAAACCCUGGAGAGGAGUUUGUGCAAAAACUGGAAGACAAAGCGGCUAAACACUACAUACAGACACUUCCUAAAAUUCCCAAAAUGGAUUUAUCUCUGCUUUUACCCAAAGCCAGUCCUCUGGCCGUGGACUUGCUUGACAAAAUGUUGCAGCUCGAUGUAGAAAAACGACUCACAGCAACCCAAGCUCUGGCCCAUUCAUAUUUUGAUCCAUUCAGAGACGUUGAGGAAGAGACAGAAGCCCAGCACUCCUAUGAUGAUUCCAUAGGGAGUACAAAGCUUUCAAUAAAUGAAUGGAGAAGGCAUAUUUACAGUGAAAUACUGUCAUUCAGCCCAAUUGCUCGGAAAGAUUCCAAGAGGAGAAGCGGAAUGACCUUAUAGACUCUUGUAUGUCUAACGCUGAUCAACCUUUCCAGUGAUAUACAACCAUCGGUAUUUUGAUCCUAAAGAGGAGUAAAUAUAAAUCUUUCCAAUGAUAUACAAUCAUAGUAUUUUGAUCCUAAAGAGGAGUAACUAUAAAUCUUUCUAAUGAUACACAACCAUCGGUGUUUUGAUCCUAAAGAGGAGUAAAUAUAAAUCAGGAUGAAAAAGUCCAUAUACAUAUAGCACAAGAAUAGUGAAUCAAUAGAGGCCAAUUUUGCUCUGAACAUCAGAGUGAUACCACAACCUUGAGUGUUGCAAGUCAAGGCGAUUCUCAUUAAAUCUCUUUGUGAUAAAAUGUGAUGGCUAUGCUUUUCCUUUUCUUGUACUUUUUGUAACUGGUUCCAUAGAUUUGGUCUAAAAAGUUAAAGUAAAUGUCUCUACAUGUUGAUAAAAUCUUCUUUCUUCUAAUAUUUCCAAAUAAAUAAAAAAGUAUAAUGUUUCAAAAAAGAAAAAUAUUUAUAUAAUAAAGGAACAGUUGCAAAGAGCAGUUA